AGUGGAGGCUGGGCUGGGCGGGGCGGGGGGGAGGCGGGCGGGCGGACAGCGUCGCUGAUCGCCGCUCAGGCGGAAGAUCGUGUGGAGGCCGGCUGCCGUCGUCUGUCCGUCUGUCUGUCUGUCUGCCCGUCCCGCGGGGGCUGAGUGAGGAGGGGUGUAUUCGGUCGCCCCGGGAGAGUAGAUUGUGAAGGAGAAGAGCGCGGGGGGCGAGGAAGAUGUCGCGCAGCCUGUGGAUGGGCGAUUUGGAAAAUUAUAUGGAUGAAAAUUUCAUCUCAAGGGCAUUUGCCACAAUGGGUGAAACAGUAAUGAGUGUAAAAAUUAUUCGUAAUCGAGUGACUGGGACACCCGCAGGUUACUGUUUUGUGGAGUUUACAGACCAGGCAACUGCAGAACGAUGCCUGCUUAAAAUCAAUGGAAAAAAACUUCCAGGUGCUUCACCUCAGCCCAGAAGAUUUAAGCUUAACUAUGCCACUUAUGGAAAGCAGCCAGAUAACAGUCCUGAAUACUCAUUGUUUGUUGGAGAUUUAACCGCAGAAGUGGAUGAUGGAAUGCUUUACGAAUUUUUCGUUGAAAAAUAUCCCUCAUGUAGAGGCGGAAAAGUGGUAUUGGACAAUCUAGGAAACUCCAAAGGUUACGGCUUUGUGAAGUUCUCGGAUGAAGCUGAACAGAAGCGAGCACUUGCCGAGUGUCAAGGUGCCAUUGGCAUUGGAGGAAAAGCUUUAAGGCUGAGUGUGGCAAUACCAAAAACAAACCGUGUAGUGAAGCCACCAGACUACAACCAGACAUAUACCUACAACUACAGCCAGUAUUACCAGCCAUACCAGAAUUACUAUACUCACUGGGGAUAUGAUCAGUACACUGGCAGUUAUAGCUACAGUUACCAACAAUAUGGUUAUACACCCAAUACCAUGCAGAAUUACGAAGAAGUUGGAGAUGAUGCUCUGGAAGUGCAUCAUGGGAAUAUGCCUCUACCUGCUCAAGGCCUCUCCUUUCCGGGUAUAUUCCUUCAGCCAGGAGGAUGGGGUGGACAGAGCCAAGGACUUCUCCAUGACUACAAUCACCAGUGCUGUUCCAUGUUCUGCUGACAGGGGCUGUAUUUGCCUCGGCGAGACAAUAUCCAGUUCCUCACAUGGAUGUCGAAGAAGCUAACGCACAAUUCAUGGAACAGAGUGAGGAGUUCUACGACGCACUCAUGAAUUGCCAUUGGCAGCCAUUGGACAGCGUUGCAUCUGAAAUCCCUGCAUCGGCCAUGGCCUAGCAGGUUAACAUUGCUACAAAAAACCAUAAUUCCAGAUAAUCAGUGGGAUGUGUUUAUCCCUUCGCUCUCAUGAUUUUCUGGUUAUGGCAUAAUUCUUGUUUAAUAUGGUUCUUACUGUGACAAAACAAAUGCUGCAUCCUCUUGUUCUGAUUUUGUGCAACGUUUUAAGCAAUCGAUAAUUUCAAAAGAUUUUUUAUUUAAGAAAGUGGAUCUGCUUCCCACAAUGUUAGAGUUAGGGCUGUCCAACUAUUUAAUUCAUAGUUUUGGAAUGUUUUAAAAUAUGAUUUUAAAUAGGAGUAGGUGAGCCUUAGAUGUUACAUGGCGUUUUCAUAACCAUGAGUAGAGGUUCAUAGGUAUUACAUGAAUCAUAACACCAAAGAGUGCCUUAUGAUUCUUUUUUUGCAUAUGUUAUAUUUUUACACAAUGAGUUUAAAGACUAAACAAUUCAAAUACCCACCGUAACAAAGAUUCCUCGCAUUAUGUCUGUAUUUUUGCUUAAGUACAACAUUCGACAAUGCAGAAUUUACAAUGUUAUUAAUAUUCACAUUUAGAGCCUGAUACAGUACUGGUUUAUUCACUACAUUCUUGUGUGUGUGCAUUUAUGUCAUGAAUUUUGAUACUUCUAAUCCUCUGGGGAAUUUUUGUGUUAAAAUCUCCCUAGGCCAGCUGAAAAAAAGGUAUCAUUAUGAUGUAUCAUUGUGAACCUUUGAACAGUAGAGGAUUCGUUUGUGAUUUUAAGAUUCUCAAAACAGGACGUAAUGGUAGUUGUGAUUAAAAAGUGACUGUAGGACAUUGGUACUGGUAUAAUUUCUACUCAAAAGCUACCUCCAAUGCACGGUUGUGAGAUUACACACUUUGAUAAGGCACAGGGUCAGAUUUGCUUUCAGAACUGCAUGGGGCAGACUUUAUCUUUGUCGGAAAAGAGUUGCAGUUCACCCCAGCUAAAGUUACAAUUUAUAGUUUAAAGAAAAUGGUGAGUAAGAUUAAUGAAAAAUAUUUUGUUAAUUCUGCUUGUGCAUCUCACCAUUUUUCAUUCGGGUAUUUUUCCAGCGUUGUUUCCAUGACCUGGUUGCAGUCUCACUACUGAGUAGGACUCAAGGUUUGUAAAUUUAUAAAAAGCUAUGAUAUAGUGGGGACUUAUUUGUUAAUAGAAAAGGUGACAGGCAUUUAUUUAAGGCUAUUAAGUCCUGCUUGCAAGUGUUAAUGUUUACAUUUUCUUAGUUAUGCCUUUGUUAAAUUUCUAAUUUUAUGAUAUCCAGAAGCCCGUGAAAGCAAAUUUAUUUUGUAAAAUAAAAUAAAGGCAUCUUUUUUAAAUGAAA